UGGCAACCAACGUAAACAAAUUGGAUGGCGCGUAAAAUAAGCAGUAAACUUGCAAAAAACAGAACGUACCUGUGUACAAGCAAACCAAUUGAAGCAGCUGCUAGUGGGUAGAAAUGGAUUCUGAUCAGGAUGAGCCAGUUAAGAAAAUGGCAAAGAAGGAAGCCUAUGGAGUUGAUAUAAAGUCUGAAAUUGCAGUUGUCAAGAAUGAGGAAGAUGUCGGCCAGGAAGUAGAAAUCAAGCAAGGGAAAUCCCUCACAGGAGGUUUGAAGCAGGAGCCUGAUGAAUCCUCUGCUGAACCUGAAGUUACGGUGAAUAAAAUAUACUCAUUGAAAAAUUUGGGGCCAUUCAUAGCGGCGCACGAUAAUUCGCAGAACACAGUUUAUUUCCAAGAUUUGCCUGACAUCUGCAAGCGCGAACCAUGCAUGCUAGGUGUAGAUGAAGCUGGUCGAGGGCCGGUGCUAGGUCCAAUGGUUUAUGGCAUCGCUUACUGUCCAAUAAGUAGCAAAAAAGUGUUAGAGGACUUGGGUUGCGCGGACUCAAAGCAAUUGACUGAAGAAAAGCGUGAGGUGAUUUUUAACGAAAUGAAUACAGCGGAAACACCACGUGCUUGCGUCGGGUGGGCUGUGGAAAUUAUAUCUCCGAACAUAAUAAGCACCAGUAUGCUGCGACGAACCAAAUGUUCGCUUAAUGAAGUAUCUAUGAAUUCAGCCAUUGGGCUUAUAAAACGUGCUGUUGCCGAAGGUGUAAACAUUUCAGAAGUCUACGUCGAUACUGUAGGACCGCCAGAGAAAUAUCAGGACAAGUUGAAAGGCAUUUUUCCAGAUUUCAAUAUCACUGUGGCUAAAAAGGCUGAUUCUACGUAUCCCAUUGUAUCAGCUGCCAGUAUAUGUGCCAAAGUCACACGUGACACCGCAUUAAAGGUUUGGAAAUUCCCAGAAGGCAUCAGGAUUCCUGAUAACAAAUUUGGCAGUGGUUAUCCAGGUGAUCCGGUCACUAAACGGUUUCUCAGUGAGAAUUUGGACAUGUUUUUUGGGUUCCCGCGCCUUGUCCGAUUUAGCUGGUCCACUGCGGAAAAUGCACUUGCGGAUAAAGUAUACGAAUUAGAAUUUGACGAACCUGAAGAUCCAAAACCAAAAUACUCAGGACCUAAAUUAACACAAUUCUUCAAAGGCGCAACAAAGGGCGGUGAGGUGCAACGAAAGCCUUGUCGAUUCUUUAGGGAACGUUGCUUGGAUAAUGUUACGAAUUUCUAGCUCAGUAGUAUAGAAAAAUAAAAUCAUUAUUAACAUUUCAGAUUAUUGUCAUUUCAGAUUAUGUACCGUAUUAAAAGUAAGCAUAAAAUAAUUUUGCACAUACAUAUGUAUUUAGUAAA